AUGCAUUACCCUCAUCAGUUUCUGAAUCAGCAUUCUAAUAACGCAUCAAACAAUGAUGUUGACAACGCGUACGAUAACAUCGUCACACAUGGCGAUGCGUCGUCGUUGACGAUUCUGGUGGAGCCAUCGCCCAGGGGGCCCUCGGGGGCAAACACAAACAGCAAUCCUGUGGCUUCUCGCUCUUCACGGCGACCUUCCAACCUGCGGCUCAGCUCCAGCCUCGGAGGCGGUGCACUGCUCUCCCAUAUGACGACCCAGGACCUGGGUGUGAGGCGAGCAGCAGAAUCGUUGGUGUCCGCCAACACCGUCUUGACUAAUGGCAGUACCAUCGCACCUCUAAGGAUUGGGAUGGAUAGUGCGAUGAAGCAGGUGCUGCCAUUGGGAAAGGACGCUGUCCCUUGCAGCAAUGAGUUGGCGGGUGGGAGCAAUCACCAUGUCGUUGCCUCAGCACUGGACACACUUUAUCGGACAGUGCCAGUGCCCAAUGUGUGCCACACCUCUUUCGAAGCGGAGGUAGAGGCUGCCACUGGUGCUUUGCGUGGAGAUUCGGUGGCAUGCGCGACACAGCCUUCCUCAAACAGAUCAGCAAGUACUCUUGAAGAAGGAGAAAUCACGGCCAGAGCCGAUAGCCCUGUAAAAGGAAAGGAGACUCGCGUAUUGUGCCUGCAGGAUGCGCUUAAGGGUGUUGCUCUCUCGGCGGAUUCACACAAUGAGGGGACCCUCGCGUUGGGGCGGCAGGUACAGCCUGAAGUUGCAGUUGCCUUUCAAGCGUCUUCCCCGGAGGCCUCCAAAAUUCCACCACGGAGUGAACGUGGUAUCUUUGGGCUUUUUGGUUCAAUAGAGUAUGAGCGUUUCGGGGCGUUUGCUGCUCUUUUCAGACGGCACCGAUCGUUGCUCGAUUCGUUUCUCGAGCGUGUCCUGCAAUCGAACCAAGAUCUUUACCCGAAGGAACUCAAUAUAAUGGAAUUUCUACGCAAUUCACGCGAGGCACCGGAUGGUGUAUUUUGCGGAAGCCCACUUUUAACGUGGCCGCUGCAUGUACUGUACACUACUUCGUGCUUCUAUGUCACAGCAAAGCUACACGGCUACUAUGAAGUAUUUGAAGCCCUCCGUCUUCGGGGUGGACUGCUCGUCAGUGGUAAGGAUAUUUUUUCAGCUUUGGCUGUUGCGAUGUCACCUACGGAGGAGGAGCUGGUGUACCACACUUCACGAAUGUACCGUGCCGCCUUCUACGUCGGGUCGGUUUAUAGUGUGAACGAAGAACCUCUGCAGGCGGGUCUCCAAGAUUGCUCACAUCAGAGCUUUGCCCUACUUCUCGUUAAUAUUUCAACGACGUCACUGCAACUCCUUGUAGACGAGGUAAAUAGGGUUCAUUUGGGGCCCAAAAGCAGUGGUAGUUGGUGUGGGCGCGAUGCUUCUCACGCAAUCCCGCUUUCAAGGGUGGAGAUAACGCGUGUCAUCGGCCCCCGCUCGGCAGUUGUGUGCGGCCAUCCUGUGGAUCUGGAGCGGCUGAGUAUUAUCCUUGUUGGUUACGCCAACGCCACGGGGGUAAAGGUGCACAGGGAGUACCUUCCAGCUACAGUCCCUUUGAAUAGCUCCUUCUAUAACCAGUUAAUGUACCUGCGCUUGCUGCAGCUUUGGGAAGAUAAUGGCGUGGAGAUUGACGUGUCGUCGCUUCGUCUAACGGUCUACUCUCCUAUGGAUGGGCAGCCGUGGAACAACACUUCGAAGUGCGUUCUUGCGGAUCAAGUCGCGCUGGCAGUGACGUGCGAGGCUCAAGACCUGACGUACUCCCUUAGCCAUCUGCGCGAUGACGAUGUGGUGUUGGGGUUCUCAUUCACUUUCCCGUGUGUUGGCCAGCUUAUUGCGUGGACACAGCGGAAGAUCACGGUGCUCUCAGAGCCUGAGGAUCGAGUUGGCGAAAACGUCCUUCCGUCACCGCGUCGAAGUGCUGCGGACGGCGUUCUCCACACGACACUCUCGAAGUGUGCGAAGAUUAACGCCAUCUUGCAAAGCAUGGAAUGGGAGGAAAAGAGCUGUCAUGCCUGCGUGGAGGACCUUUCCACCAGCUUUCUCCAACUCGGGCUGUUGGUGAGUGUUGGGGACUCCGCAAGGGCAUCUGCGGUUGCUAACCAGCAGCCUGAGCUUCCAUCCGAAACUCCAUUUUCUAACCAUGUUGAUGCUGGUGUUGACGAUGACUUGGGCAAUAUUAUUAGGACUUAUUCGCAUGAUCAGACGAUGACGGGUGGACAGUUUCACCGCAUCGAUAAUAUGGUGACAAACCCCCAAAGCGGUGGGCCGGCCCGUGCCAAUGCUGGGGACGGCAUUCUGGAUGCGGUUCCACGUUACGUUGUUCUCCCCGACAAAAAGCUUCCCCCAUUGAUGAAUGUGUACCAAGUACCACCCAUUAUAAGAUACUACGAAAUGCAGUUCAAAUGUGCCUUGACACGCGGUGCAGUGGAGUUUGCCCAGCAGCUGGCGCGUCAUACGGGGUUUGCGUUCCCUCCACACACGCUGCUGAUGUGCCCCACCGUUAUGAACCUUAUGGAGUUAUGGGACACGUAUGAGUUUCUGUUGAGAGGCCAGAUAUGUGAGGCUGUUUAG